AUGUCGUCGAACCCCUCGCAAGUCCCCGAGACCCCCGCCGCCGACGACGACGACGACGAAACAAUGCGCACCGUCCUCGACGAACUCAGCAACAUGACCCCCGGCGACGCCAUCCACGGCCACGUCCUCUACAGCUACCACUCCACGCCGCGCCCCCCGCGGACCCACCUCACCGAAGCCGACAUGAUGCACUACGCGGCCACGCACGGCGUGCUCGCCCCGCGCGUGCGCGGCGUCUACGAAGUCAUCGUGGGCGAGUACUCCCUGGCGCGCAUCAUGGUCAGCGACCGGGUCCCCGGCGUGCCGCUGGUCGACGUCUGGCGGGAUAUGACGACUGCUGACCAGGCCGCCGUUAAGGCGCAGCUGCGCGUGCAGCUGGCGUGCAUGCGCGCCUGCGCGGAGCCGGCCAUCGGCCGCGCGGGGGGGAUGCCCACGCGCAACGUGUACGACGGGCCGCGCGGUACGGCCUUUGGGCCGUUCGCCGACGAGGAGGCGUUUGAUGACUGGUGUCUGGCGCGCGUGUGGAGGAUCCCGCUCGUGCGGAGUGUAUGGAGGCGGCUGCUGCGCGGCGAGCGGGAGAAGCGAUGUGGUGGUGGUGGUGGUGGUGGUGGUGACGCGGGGGCUGGCCGUUUUGUGCUCACGCACGGAGACCUGACGCCGAGGAAUAUCAUGGUCCUGGGCAACGUGGUCACGGGCAUCGUCGACUGGGAGCUGAGCGGCUUCUUCCCCGAGUAUGCCGAGUGUGCGUUCGCCAGGAUGUGCUACGCGCACGAGGAGUGGUGGAUCCCCGUGCUGGAGGAGCUGUUGCCGGCGUGCUCGAAGCGGAGGCUUGCGUUUACGGCUUUGGUGGAGGACGGGAUGGCAUUAGCUGUGCUAUAG